UUCGCCGGGACAGCGACACUAAGGCUGCUGAACUGGUCAAGAUGGAGAAGAUGCUGCAGCAGACCAAGGACCUGCUGGACAGGAAGACAGAAUCCUGCUCAGACAGCAUGGACUUACAGGAGAACAUGGUGGAGGAUCUGGAGGAGAAGGUGCGCUCCAGCCGGCGCCACAGGAGGAGCUCGCUGCACCACACACAGCUGCUGGAGAGCCAGAUGAAAACAGUGAAGGGUGAGCUGGUGGGCACGCUGGACCACCUGCAGGAGCUGAGGAACGUCCUGCGGCGCUCCCAGCUGAAAGCAGAGGAACGCAAGGCAGCCAUGGAGAAGCUGGCGGCGGGGCUCAGGUGAAGCACCAGGCUCUGACCACUUCAAGCUUCAAUACCCCAACUGAUCGGACC